AUGUGCUAUGUUGACGACACGAGAUGUCAGGAUCAGGGAGUGUUGUUUGUUACUGCCGUGGGAGGUGGACUCAUCAAUAUAAAAUGCAACAACUUCAAGAGAUUUUCUCAGGACAUCUGGGAAGAUGGCUUAUUUGUCCUUGAUCCAGGAUUUGGAUCAAGGACAGGGGUUGGCGCCAAGGCAUCUGAUUGGCUCAACAAAGUUGAGUCGAAGAUGGCACCAGUUUUCAAGUUUUUCAGAGGGGGCACUGGAACUGGACUGACCACACAAACUGCGUAUUUGCUGAUCAACAAGCACUUUUCAGCCCGCCGUGGAUUAGCAAUUGGACUAUUAUAUUCCACAGCGCCGUUGGCAAGAACCAUUUUGCCAACUGUGGAAAAAGCCCUGGAAGAGAAAUACGGAAAUCGUGGUGCGUUGCUGUUUAUGUCAGGCAUUAUGCUGAACAUCAUUCCGGCUGCUGUUUGGAUCCGCAAAUUCCAAGAUACUUCCAUUCCAGCUCAGUUGUAUAAGACUGCCAUCGACCCAGGUACUGCUGGAGACAAUGGACUGCAUCUACCUGUGAGCAUUCAUGAGUCGCUCAUCAACAUUGUUGAAGGCAAAACAAAAGUGUUAAUCCUGGAAAUCCCCUAUAUACAUUGGCUCCGGAAGAAGCUGAACAAAUCGGCAUUGACCGCUUCACGAGGUUCACUUCCAGCAUUCAAGGAAUUAAUGCUCAGGCCGCUGAACACCUUCAGGCUCAGUUUGGUGCGUGUGAAAAUGUUGCACAGUCAAAUCAAGUUCAUUCUGGACUAUCCGGAGUACCUGAUGAAUGCCUUGGAUAGCGGAGAGACCCCUUCAUGUAUAAAAAAAAGAGAGAAACAGGGAGAGAGCGAGAGAGAUAGCGUGAAGAAAAGACUGGAAGCCCUUUAUCGAGAAAGAUGGAAUCCGGAAAUUGGUUCUCUGGGUUGCGUAAAUACCAGCAAUACUCAGCCGUUUCUAGUGGCAGGCUCAAGGAAAAGCAUUCAUUGCAGUGUUUUCAUGGAUUUAGUCAUGCCGUUCGUGCGGAAAUCUUUCUGGGGGCUGGGAAUUUCCACGUUCCUCUACGGCGUGGGCUCUGGAACAUCCGUGUGCUUCGGAGGACUCGUAUUGCUGCACUACUUCGGACUGGAUAAUCUGCCCAUUUCGACAGGGAUCGGAUGGACCAUAAAGGGACUUGUUUUGCUCGUCCUGGGCCCAUUGAUAGGAGGACUCAAGGACCUGACAGGCGAUUUUUCCGCUACAUACUUUCUUCUUUCCGGAGGUAUGGCACUCGGUACGGUAAUCUGGGCUCUGGAGCCAGUAAUCGAGGCUUGGCGAACCAAGAUGAGACCUUCGUUUUCCGUGUCGGUCGUCGAUGUCGAGCUGAGUGUGGGGAAUUGAUUACCUGACGGACUGGUUUACAUGUACGGCUUCAGCAGC